CCCAUCGAUCUCCGGUCUAAGGUCCGGCCGGGUCAGAGUUCCGGCCGUUCUUUCUCCCAUUCGAGUCACACCCCCACCCCCGACCCCGGGACCCCCGGACCCCUGGCCUCUGUUAUCGCGGAGCGGGCGGACUCCUGGGGCCGCGGAGCCCCCAGAGUUCGCGCUUUCCCGGGGGCCCCGCAGCCCUGGCCCAGCCGCCAGGUGGAAGGAGACAGGUCAGCGGAGCCGCCCGCACGAGAAGGCGGGGCCUGGCGGAGGCUGCGCGGGCCGGCUGCGGCAGGCGCCCGGGACCCUCGCGCCCCCUCCUCCGCGCUGCCCGCCGGGGAGCCAGCCCCGCGACCCCCACCGCCAACCAGCGCCCUCUCUGCCGCACGGCCCCCGGCAACAGGUGAAGAGGCCGCCGGUCCGCGGCACCUCCCCGGGGCGGUCCUUCUCCCGCCCGCCUCGCGCCCGCCCCUCUCCACGCCCCCUCCUCUCCUCCCGGCCUCAGCCGCCUAGCUCGGCCGCCCGGCGGUCUCCCCUCGCGCGGUCUCCUCCUCCUCCUGGGCCCCAGCGCAGCCGAGAGCCCCGCGCGGAGGAGCUGGGGGCGCCGCGCACUCGUACGACACGCGCCGCGGCGGGACCGGCCCCGGGGGGCGCCCCCGGCGCGCCUCCCUCCCCGAGCCCGCCGCGCUCCCCUCCCCCCCGCGGGUGUCCCCAGGACUCCGAGCCGCGCGUCCAGCCCCAGACGCGCGGGGGGUCCCCGAGGAGGGGCCAGCCCGGCCUUGGCGCGGCGAUGGAGGAGCCGCAGCGCGCGCGCUCACAUACCGUCACCACCACUGCCAGCUCCUUCGCCGAGAACUUCUCCACGAGCAGCAGCAGCUUCGCCUACGACCGGGAGUUCCUCCGCACCCUGCCCGGGCUCCUCAUCGUGGCGGAGAUCGUUCUGGGACUGCUGGUGUGGACGCUGAUUGCUGGAACCGAGUACUUCCGGGUCCCUGCGUUUGGCUGGGUCAUGUUCGUAGCUGUAUUUUACUGGGUCCUCACCGUCUUCUUCCUCAUCAUCUACAUUACAAUGACCUACACCAGGAUUCCCCAGGUGCCCUGGACAACGGUGAGCUCAUCGAACCCGGAUUACCUCUCAGAUGCUGCAUCUCCAAAUAGCACCAUGUUGUCAAGUAGAGCUUCUGUGCACCUGGGGGGACACAGACAUUCAGUCCAUAAUAUUCUGCCCCUGCCUCCCCAAAAUCAUGCCCUUCGAAUGUGCAAAAUGCAUUCAUUCCAUCUCAGCCUCCCCAAAAGUCUUAACUCGUUCCAGCAUCGACUGAAGUCUAAGAUCCAAAGUUUCGCCUAAAUGUCAUCGAGAUCAAGUAUGAUGAGAUUGGAGGUACAGUUCAUCCUCAGGCAGAAUUCCUAUCCAGCCGCGAGCCUGUGAAACCAGACAAGUUAUGUACUUCCAGGAUACAGUGGUGGGACAGGCACAGGAUAGAUGUUCCCUUUCCAAAAGGAGAAAUAGAGAAGAAGGAAGGGGAGGUGAGUCCCAGGCAAACCCGGAACUUACAAGACAAAUUCUAUUGGGUCUUAAGUCUCCAGAAUAAGUCUCUUUGGUUCAGUGCUCUGCCAUUAGGCCUCCUGGGGUGGCAUUGUCACCCCUAUGCAUCUGUUGGGUGACCCUGCCCCUGAGACACAGAACCCAGAGAGGCAGGCCAACCCUUUGAAACUGAGGAGUAACCAACUUUUCCCUGGGGCCUGAUCAUCUCUGCAUCAGCCUCUCGGUGAUUCAUUUUUUUUUCUGGAAGACUGGCAUGUAUUCACAGCCAAAUGGCUCUGUGGUUCGAAGUCGGCAGCAAUUCUUUAUUUUGUCCCAUCUCCACCCUUUUCGUUCAAAUGGCAGCAGUUUCACAGGUAUAAUCCCUUAGCCGUUCCUGGCUUCUGCUGACACAUGAUUAGAUCUGUGGUUUGCAUCCAUGAUCUCUUUAUCAAAUGGUUGUUUGGCCACACCUGUACUGUUCUCUUUGGAGCAAGCUCUUUCUUUCUUUUAGUAGUUUUUUUUUUAAAUUUAUUAGAGAGAGAGAGAGUUGGGGGGAAGAAUGGAGGGAG